UUCCUGCUCGCGAGCAGGAGGGAGGGAGGGAGCGAGGGAGGGAGGGAGGACGGACACGAGAGCGUAGUAGCAGUGGCACCCCGAGAACCAUCCUGCGAUGGUCACGCAUCCUCGGAACGACGAGGAGUCACGGACGAGCACUGCGUGAAUCGGUCUGUCAUCUGCGGCAGGGCGGGUCCUGUUGUCAAUUCCGGUGUCGUGGGAUCUACACAAUCUUGACUUGGCGGAGACGUCUGCGAGGAUCGACGAGGAGAGAAGGAUGCCCGCGUCGAUCGACCUACGAUGAAACAUCCUUCGAUCGCUUCUAUCUGUUUGGAAGUGGUGGGGAUCGAAGGCGAUCGGCCCAUUGUCAGGUUGUCGAAUUCGAAGGCGAGGGGCGUGAAUUGUGUCAGGUGAGAGGCGAUCGUGUUGGAAUUGAUUUGAAAAUUUGGUCCUUUUGUUUCCUCCGAAAUGGCUCCCUGGAUUGGACGCGAUGUCUCGGCAGCAGCGGCAGCCAUCGCUUCUGCUUCCUACUUCCUGUCGCGGCAAACUCCGAUUGCCUAUGCGGACAGGAGCAGCAUUUUUGGCUCAGCUCUCCCCAAACCUCCCCCGCCAGCAGAAGUGUCGGCUUCGGAAUCCAAGGAUCAAAAAGCUCGUAAAGAUGCACCUAGAACGUCUGAAGUGGGGUUCGAUCCCGAAGCAUUGGAAAGAGGAGCCAAGGCAUUGCGCGAAAUUAAUGCCUCUGCACACGCGAAAAAGGUGUUCGAGUUGAUGAAGAAACAGGAAGAAACUCGACAGGCCGAGGAGAAUGCGAAGAGAGCUGAAUAUCAGGCUCUUCAGGCGCAGUAUGAAAUUGAGAGGCAAAAAGCUUUGUUCGAGGAGCAGAAAAAUCUCAUGCAGCAGCAGGCACAGAGCAAAGCCCAGUUGGCGAGAUACGAGGAUGAGCUCGCCCGGAAGAGGAUGCAGGCCGAGCACGAGGCUCUUAGGGUUCGCAAUGCCGAAUUGGUCAAGAUGCAGGAAGAAUCUUCUGCCAGGCAAGAGCAGGUGAGGAGGAUGACCGAAGAACAAAUUCAGGAGCAACGUCGGCAGACCGAGAGGGAAAGGGCCGAGACAGAAAGAGAGACAAUUCGGGUGAAAGUGAUGGCAGAAGCAGAAGGUCGUGUACUCGAGGCCAGAAAUUUGGAAGAUGUCAACAGGCGGAUGUUCCUGGACCGAGCUACACAGGAGAAGGAUAAGUGGCUUGCGGCAAUCAAGGCUACCCUGGACCAGGUCGGAGACGGUUUCAAUUCUCUGGUUAAUGAUAAGGACAAACUCUUCGUCGUCGUCGGAGGUGCCACUGCAUUGGCAGCUGGAGUUUACACAUCGAGGGAGGGAGCUCGCACGAUGUGGAAUUACAUUGGUCAGAUCUUGGGUCAACCAUCGCUCAUCAGAGAAUCGUCGAUGGCGAAAUUUCCCUUCCUGCGAUUUAGAAAGAACAAGAGCUCCUUUACAAAUUCUGGUGCCAGCAAGGGCGCUGCAGGAGAGCAGAAGGGGUUUUCGGAUGUUGUCCUACAACCAGGUCUCCACGGUAGACUCCAGGAGCUCGCAGUUUCCAUCGCCAACACGAAGAGACACAAUGCCACCUUCAGGAACGUCAUGUUUUACGGACCCCCGGGAACAGGAAAGACCAUGGUGGCGAAGAGGCUAGCGUUUCAGUCGGGAUUGGACUACGCAGUCAUGACAGGAGGUGACGUUGCACCCCUGGGGCCGCAGGCAGUGACCAAGCUGCACGAGCUUUUCGACUGGGCAGGCAGAUCGAAGAAGGGCCUUCUGCUCUUCAUCGAUGAAUCGGAUGCUUUCUUGUCUGAACGUAACAACAGGGUGAUGAGCGAGGCUCAACGCAGUGCUCUGAAUGCCUUUUUGUACAGAACCGGUGACCAAUCGAAGAAUUUCCUCCUGGUUUUAGCCACGAAUCGUCCCGGGGAUCUCGAUACCGCCGUUGUCGAUCGUAUCGAUGAGGUCCUGGAGUUCCCCAUUCCUACUCUGCAGGAACGGUUGGAUUUGUUGAAGCUCUACUUCAACACGUACAUUCUUCAGGCCGGGACUCGUUCCGGGUGGAGGUCAGUAAUGCAGGGUAAGCAGGCCGAUCAGAUUGACGCCAGUGGAAUCACAGAUGAAAUUUUCAGAGUUGCGGCUGAGAAGAUCGAGGGAUUCAGCGGAAGAGAGAUCGCCAAGCUGAUGGCUAGUGUUCAGGGAGCGGUGUAUGGAAGCAUUAGUACGACUCUUACACCAGAAAAGUUUAUUGAGGUUGUGGAUUAUAAGAUUGACGAGCACCAACGUCGAUCGAAGUUCCGCGCAGUAGCUGCUUAAGUCUUCUGCCAUGUACACGCACUCUCUGAUGAGUGAUUUAGGAAAGUUGGAGUGAGCUUGACAUCCAGACAAAGAACCAGAGAAUUCAUCUGGACCUGAGGCGUACAAGCUUUAGUCACACGGAAAGCUGAUACCUUGUGACAGUGAUUGUGAAGUAAAGCUAGGAUCAAUCAGGAGCUGAGGACGUACCUGAGGAGACGGCUCCUUGCAGCUCGUUGUGCAAUCUCAACAAUUUUGUCAGUUUUAGGAUACUUAGAAGUAGCUUAGAGAAACGAGUAACAAACAAACACACCGUAGCAGUAGGCAUUGAAAGCGAACAGCCAUCCUUCUUCUGGAUUCAGCAGGAGAGGGAGGGUCUUGCACAGCACACAAGUGCCCCCUUGUUUGUAAAUCACAAUUCUACCCAUUCCAGGGAAAAAAUGGCCUAAUAAAUUAUAAGCAGUACAGCGUACAUGCAUCAUCGAGUGCAGUAUGCUGACGACGCUGCUGGUAUGCACCCUUUGGACGUGCCGAGCCUCUGUCUCGAGCUUCAUUCAAACUGGUUGCUGAGACGCCG